CUUCCUCGAACCUCUUCGUCAUUUCUUCCUCGCUUUAAUUCUCCUUCUCCCUCUUCCUCUUUCUCGCCGCCUUCCUUGCUUCUUCGUCGGCCUCCUCGAUAAUAUUCUCCACUAUGAAGCUGAGCGUGGAUUCUCUGUUUGUCUCCUUACAGUGCAACUCCAAGAACAAGGAACAGAGGAGGAGGAAGAAGAAGAAGAACAACAACAACAGUAAUCGCUCCACUUCUUUUGCUUCAGUUUCCUCCUCUUCUUCUUCCCAAGACUUCGCCGACCGGGCACCGGCAGCCACGCCCACGUCUGUUCUACUCAGGCCAUCUCGGCCGCCGCCCUUCCUCUCCCUGCGAGACCUCUUCGGCGUCUUCGACCUCGACGGCGACGGGAAGAUCACCCAGCCCGAGCUCGAGGCCUGCCUCCACCGCCUCGUUCUCGAUCCGCCCUCGGCCGACGAGGUCGCCCGCAUGGUCGCCGACGUCGACCGCGACGGCGACGGCUGCAUCAGCCUCGACGAGUUCGCCGCGCUCGAGGCCGCCGGCGGCCUCCGCCUCGCCGGCGGCGGAUCUGAGCUCCGCGACGCCUUCGCCGUCUUCGACGCCGACGGCGACGGGAAGAUCUCGGCGGAGGAGCUGCUCGGCGUGCUCGGGUCGCUCGGGGGCGGCGAGUGCACGCUCGAGGACUGCCGGAGCAUGAUCGGCGGCGUUGACGCCGACGGCGAUGGCUUUGUGGGCUUCGAGGACUUCGUGCGCAUGAUGGACGGCCAGUGACGAGGGAGGGUCGAAAUGGACGGAUCAGUUUUAAUCGAAUUUUCUUUUAUUGGUUUUCUUUGUCAUUAUUCGUCGUCGUGUAAUUUCCGUAAUUAAGCCGCCUCCACGUGGGACGACAUAUACAAUCGGUCAGUAUUUUGAAACGCAAUCAUUGUGGUUUAAUUUAAUGUGAUGGCGGCUAAGCAUAGUGAAAUGCUUAUAAAUUAUGAGUUCGUGUGAUGAUCAUUGUUAAAAA